AUGAGCAACGACGCGGAAAAGUUCGCUAAAGAGUUGAGAGAUCUCUUGGGGGUGAAGGGGCCACCGGACCCAGGAUCGACGACGAGUUUCUCGGCUAGGGCUGUUUAUUUUUCUGGCUCAGUGGCAGAGGUUACUCGCAAGUUGGAGGACUUGGGAAGGUCGUCAUCCCACGGAAGUCAAUACAGCAGGAUGUGGGUUCGCUUUGAGAAUUCAGAGGAACCAAAGUCAGAGGAACUAAAGUCAGAGGAACAAAAGUCAGAGGAAGAAGCCUGGAGAGACCGGCUGAGAAAAAAGCGUGCCACUGACGCCAGACUCAAGGAAUUGGAUGCCAAGUCGAGGGCCAACCAGGCUCAAAUGCCGGCCACCAACAACAGCAGCCGCUUUGCUCCUCCAACAGCCAGCGACUACCAUCCGUCCGUCUCUGGAUCCUCGGCUCCACGUGAGCGCUACUCCAAACAUCGCUCCCGCGAAAGAAACCCCCCGCAACACCAGCAGAAGGAGGUCCGGCAGAAUUCUGGAUCCUCGCCUCUACGUGAGCGCUACUCCGAACAUCAAUCCCGCGAAAGAAGCCCUCCGCAAUACCAGCAGAGAGAGGUUCAGCAGUAUCGCCAGCGUGACGAUCACAGUCGCGAGGGAUCACGCUAUCGGAACACAAGUCCAUUCUACCAAAGUGAGACUCAACGGCCUAUUCAUGAAGCCGGGGCUUCUCGGGACGCUCAGAAUUUUCCGGCUGCUGAAGAGUGGGCCAGGCGACAGAGCCUCAUGGUCAAGAAGCCCAUGAAGGAUAGGUGGAUCUGGCAAUCCAGGGCCCAUCCCCCUUACCACAAGAAGGUUCACUUGACCAAGCAAAGACAGGCCGAGUUCGAGACUCGUGGCUUAGAGUGUCUUGAUCACGGCAAGAGGUUCAAGAUCACUGCCGUCUGCGGCUCAUGUGGGCACAAGCACCACUAUCUCUGCGACUGUCCGAUCCCCGAUGAGUCUGGAUUUGUUUCUGGCUGUCCAUUAUGCAACACGACUGCCCAUGACUGGGAUGACUGCAAGCGCUCUGGCGUGCUCACUUGGAUGCAGCAGUACGAGAUCAUGUUCUUCCGCCGUAUCAACAUGCCCCCCAUCCGCUCCCGGAAGCCUUGGAUCAUGUGGGAGAAGGAAAGAAUUGAUCAGGGACUCUGGUCUUGGGACCUUCAGGGAGUGUAUCCUUGGACUUUGGCUUUUGUCCGGGAAUUGAAGCAGUCGGAGCGUCCCUGGGUUAACUUCGAUCACAAGCUCUGGAAGAAGGAGAGAGCAGGAUUGCCCAAGGAUCCGGCGACACACCUAUACAGUGCUGAGCAACUCAUCGACUACGCCCCAUUGUUAGAGGAAAGGAGUGCCUCUAGUGAGGACCAUAUCCGCAACAGCGGAAACACGUUGCAGAGCGGUCUUAAUGCCGCGGCCCACAACACCCAGACGUCGCAGGACGUUGCGAACGCGGUCGCCACGCCCCCUGGCCCCAAACGAGAAGAUAUAACAGAGGACGACACGUCAGAAGGUAAGCAGUCAGAGAGCAGCAAGUCAGCGGACGAGGAGUUACUGACCGGGACAGCGAUUGCGAGAAGACGCUUGUGA